UAUGACAUGCAUCAUUGUAAACCUUGUUUUAUUGCUGCGUUAAUAACAAUCUUAAUGUUCGUUGCUUUCAUGGUCAGUUUAGGUUUGACAACAGGACGUGCACCACCGAAAACUGCAAGAAUGUCUUUCGAUCUGAUGGACGUUGAAAAAGAGUACGCCAAAGACAACCGGCUCAGCCCCCAGGACGUGAAAAUCCUCGCCGACUGGAUGGAAAAACAGCCCCAUUUGCCCAAAGCCACCGAACUCCAGCUCAUCCUUUUCCUCCAGAGUUGUUACUACAGAAUCGAGGUUGCGAAAAAUGCAAUCGAUAAUUUUUUCACAGUUCGAACUCUAUGUCCCGACAUUUUCGGGGCUCCACCAAUCGAAAUAUUAAAACGUGAAUUAACAGUUGGUUCGAUUAAUUUCCUCCCUGAGCAAACACCAGAGGGCUAUAGGGUGGUUUUAAUGAAGUUGAUUGACACACGACCUGAACAUUACCACUGUGUGAGUGAGAUAAAUUUCACGGACUUGACAUUGAUGCUGAAUUUGCACCAACAAGGCACUUGUAACGGACUUGUGGCCAUUAUGGACAUGAAAGGGCUCACUUUUGGGCACCUGACUAGGUUUAAUUUGGUGGCGAUUAAGAAACACUUGUUCUAUGUUCAAGAAGCCGUCCCUGUCCGAAUUAAGGGCAUACACCACAUUAAUAUUGUCCCUUUCACUGAUAAAAUCAUAGCCAUGGUCAAGCCCUUCAUGAAGAAGGAACUAAUCGAUUUGCUCCAUUUUCACAAUUCUAUGGAUUCGUUGUUUAAAUUUGUCCCUAAGCAUGUUUUGCCUAAGGAUUAUGGGGGCGAAGCUCCGUCGCUUGAAACAUUGCACGAACAAAACGCCAAAAAUCUUUUGGAAAACAUGGAUUUUUUUAAAUGGAUGGAUACGCUCAAAGUUGACGAGACUAAAAGGCCCGGGAAACCGAAAAAUGCUGGAAGUAUUUUCGGUGUUGAUGGUACUUUCAAAAAAUUGGAAGUUGAUUAAUUAUGUUAUUAAUUGUUGAUUGUGUGUUUUAUGGGUUAAUAAAAAUAUUAAUGGUAA